CCACGUGUGAUUGACUCAACUGCCAUAUCGUAUAUCUCUAUACAUCAGACAUAAGUAUUAACAGUUAAAUGUUGACGGUAUUUUCCAUACAAAUCAUCAGAUUUGAGACCAUUUAGCGUAGCUCAAACUUCAGCAAGGAUUAUGUAUAUUACCUGAUUGGCCUUUGAUGACAUACAACAUGGGAGGGACACAGUCAGGGAAGCGAUCUUCACAGCCUCUUCUAUAUGGCGACGAGUAUGACACCCCAACAGCUUCGACCCUGUACUGCUGUUGUCUUGGAAGAAAAAUAAAAAUGCCCAUAAAGUAUGGAAGUGACCAAAAACAACAGGCAUAUCGCUUGCAGGAAUACCCCAUGUUGAUAGAUCCAGUCGCUUUCCGGGUCCACUCUGCUGUUGCUGAUAAGCGUUUUGGCAAGGCCAUGAUCAGGUUUGUUCAGCGUUCUGGACACGUGUCGCUCCAAGACACCGAAACUGAUGACGUUACAGCGGUCAGUCCUCUAAUUGUCUUCUGUCUCAACAACAGUUCAGUGGACGCAGAUGCAGGCAGAGCUCUCAGCGAGGCUAGAGAGGGUAAUGAUGUGUUUCUGGUGGUGAUCAAAAAUGUAAACCCAAGCUCACCCUACAACAACACCCUCAGUCUCUCUGCUAAGAACAGGCGCCGCAUUGGUGGGUGUGGAAUACUUACAUACUCUACGGAUUCCAGGAAGUUCCAGGAAACAGAUGACAAUAUGGACAUGUUAAGGCGAUUACGUCACUUCUUACUGGACGCAGUUGUUGAAAUUGAUUAAGCACUUAAUCUUUGCAUAAACAUUUACAACGACGUGCUCCAAGAAACUGUCUGAUUGCCGCUCGACAAUCAGUUAUGUGCAAGCCUUAUGGCUAUGAUCUUAAAAGACGACAGACAUUUGUCGUUUGCUUUAUACGUAUUGUGAUGACAAAAACUGAUGUUUUAUCUUUAAGAAUAAUUUACAGAGGCAUUAAUUGUAAAUUAAUGUACAUCCGAUCUCUUUACUCUAAAAUGUACCAGAAAUCUAGCUUACACGACGUAGAUCAUUAGGAUCGCGUACGUGUGAAUGAUUGUAUAUUUGCAUGCAUUGUGACAUACAUUACAUUGUUUCUGUCUGUGAUUGAGUGAGUUCGUGUACCAGGGUUCAUUGUACAGCUGGUAUUUCAAACCUACAUGUAUAUGAAACGAAAUGGGCUCUGCUAUCUGUGCGUGUAUUAACUCAAUUCCAUGUUCUUAAUGUCCCUCUGAAAAAUAUAAUUUGGUCGCGUAUGAGUUAUUUCAGGAAUAAACCCUGCAUUUAAAAUCAGUUUGCGUCGCAUUGGUGAACAUAUAUUAACAUAUAUCAUUGACUUUUAUAUUUUGAAUUAAUUUACCUGUAUUAUAUCAAUCAACGGAAUGACUAUGACGAAUCGUUUUCAUGGUUUUAUCACAUACAAUUUUACCUUCAAGUUUUCACCGUGAUCUACAAUGUACCACGAACAAAAUAUACACAAAUGAUGAUAUGUAGGUGCCGAUCAUCUCGAUAUAAACAUACUCUGUUGUCAAUAACACAUUCUCCUUUUUGUUUUGUAAUAAAUUAUAUUAUUUUAA